AUGACCGGCCGACACAAGGCCAUCCGGCUGCCGCCCCUCAAGACGCUGCGCGUGCACAACCCCAAGCGGGCAGUCGAGAACCCCUGCAUCGCCAUCAUGUCGAGCGUCCUCGCAUGCUGGGCUUCCGCCGGCUACAACGCAACCGGCUGCGCCGCCAUCGAGAACCAGCUCCGCCGAUGCAUGGACGGCCCGCCUGCCGCGCCGGCCCCCGCAAACACCAUCAACUACCACCUGUCACGCAUGCAAAAGUACAUGACCAGCCCGCGGAAGCAGAAAUAG